AUACAAUACCUAGACAAAAUUACCCUACUCAGUUUAGCUGUUUCUUUUGGAAAACAUUUCUACACGCUACGUACCAGGCUCUUUCACUAGAGUAGAGAAAAGUGUGAACAACGAAAGAAGGGUAAAAUAACGAAAAAGUACUCCAGCAGUAGCAUUGCUUGGUCCCGGAGUGUUGAGCUUGGAAAGUUUCUUGUGUGCACAUUGAGCUGUACGGUGCUUCUGUUUACCGUGGAACAAAACGUGGAGUCAGCAAUCGUUUUAAUGGUGCACAAGAUGAGCCAGAAGAGUUCCAAACUUAAAGCCAGCAGGUAAUGACAAAGAAGUUGCUGUUUCUUUUCUUCUCUGCUGAGAUGGUCCGACUGGACACGUUUUGGGCUAUCUGCUUCUGGGUGCUAAGUUUUAUAGUCUUAGCUGAUAAUAGGUGCUCAGAAAUCAACUCCAACUUUGUGGAUUUUUCAGUGACCUACAAACCACCUCACUACCAGAUCAACAGUCCUAUACAAAAUAUAGUUAUUGAUAGAACCAAUUUCAAUGAUAAAACAACAGUGUAUCUGGCCUCUCGGAACAUUAUUGAAGCCUUGAAUUCCAGUCUUGAUAAAUUAUGGGAAUUACGCACUGGGCCAGUGGGUAACCCGGAAUGUCAAUUCUGUAAAUCAUGUGACAUAGAGACUGAUUCCAAGAAACCAGAGGACACAGACAACCAGAUCCUAGCACUGGAUACGUCUUCUUCAUAUUUAUACAGUUGUGGCAGUUCUCAGAAUGGUGUCUGUUACUUCCACCAACUUAACCUUACUCACCAACUGGACCCACCCAGCUUUUCCAAGUGCCUUUACAAAAAGGAGUCCAACAGUCAAAACAAUUGCCCUGACUGCGUAGCGAGCCCAUUGGGCACAAAAGCCAGCUUGGUUGAUGAUGGCCAGGCUUUGUUUUUCUUUGUGGCGGCCACUGUUAACAGCACUGUGACCCAGAAGUAUGGAAAAAAGUCAAUAUCUGUGCGCAGGCCAUUGGCAACCGAGGAUGGAUUUUUCCCUGAUGUACAUGGGUUUACCGUCCUACCUCAGUUUGUUGACUCCUACUCAAUCCACUACGUGUACAGCUUCUCUGCGGGAGAUUUCGUCUACUUCCUGUCAGUGCAGAGGGAGGUAGCCGAAGUGCCCUCCACGUAUCAGACCCGGGUGGGCCGACUUCCUCGCUCCGAGUGGGAAUUGAGCCACUACCGUGAGGUGCUGCUUGAGUGCCGCUUCGAGCCCAAGCGCCGGAGGAGGGCCCAGGAUUAUCAGCAAGACGUGGUGUACAACGCCCUGCAGGCUGCUCAUCUGGGGAAGGCAGGCCAGGAGCUGGCCCAGGAGUUGGGAGUGGAUGCCAGCAGCGACAUCCUCUAUGGGGUGUUUGCUGAGACUGAGCCCCGGAGCAGCAAGCCUAUCCACAACUCAGCCCUCUGCGCCUUCCCCGUUUCCAACAUCAACGAGGCUAUUGAACAAGGAGUGGAACACUGCUGUAGUCCUGGCACUGAGCGGCUCAGCCGAGGGCUCAACUUCUUCCAACCCCUCGAGUUCUGCCCCCAUGAGAGUAUGAAUGGCAAUAAGAGCUGCUUCGACACCCCAACACUUGUCUCCAAACCCUACUACCGAGUGGAUCUCUUCAACAGAGCGAUGAAGGGGGUCCUUCUGACUUCCAUCCUGGUCACUCCCAUUGAAAAGAAGACUGUGGCUCACCUGGGGACAUCGGACGGGAGACUUUUCCAGGCUGUGCUCCGCAGAUCAGGCCCCAUCCUCUUUGCUAACUAUUCCCUCGAUGAGAAGCACCCGGUGUCCUCCAUUGCAGCAGAGCUUCCACCCGACCACCUGCUCUUUAUAACCGGAAACAAGGUGACUAAGGUCUCCAAAAGAGGACCAGGUUGCCACCAUUUCCUGUCUUGCAACAGGUGCUUGACAGCACCUGCGUUCAUGAGCUGUGGCUGGUGUGAGGGAACCUGUACCUGGAGGGAGGAGUGCUCCACCCAGUGGAGGGAUAAAUCCUGUGCGCCCGUUAUCAAUGAGUUCUUCCCGAAGACAGCACCCCCUGAUGGAGGGACAGAGCUGACACUCUGUGGGAUGGAAUUCCAGUCCCCACUACGACCCUACACCAAGGCCAGCACUCAACUGGUGAAGGUGGGGGAGAGAGACUGCAAAGUGCAGAUUGAGAAGAGUAGCGGAACCUAUCUGGUCUGCAGAAUAGAGACUACAGGAGCCGAUGAGCUCUCAAAGCCUCUCACCAUCGUGGUGAACAUUAACGAAGGCGGAGUCGGCGGGUCGUAUUACAUCGAAGGCAAAGCAAAAAUCAGCGGAUUCACAUUUGUGAAACCCAAUGUCACUGGGAUCCUGCCUGACUUUGGUCCCAAAGCAGGGGGGACCUUGAUCACCUUGACAGGGACCCACCUGGAUGCAGGCAAUAGAAGGGCAGUGACCAUGAAUGGGAAGGAGUGCCGCAUCAUGAGGAGUACCAGCACGUCUUCGAUAGUCUGCGUAACGCCGGCCAUGGAAAUUGUUCUGGAGGUUGUUCCGGAGGUGAAGAUAGAUGCAGCCCAGGUGUCGACAUCCCAGUCGUUCAAAUACAAAGAGAACCCCACUAUAACGAUGGUCCUCCCGAAAUGUGGCUUUGAGAGUGGAUCAAAUAUCACAAUUUUUGGCAGAAAUCUAGAUUCUGUCUACGAGACGAUCAUCUUGUUUGAGCCCCACGAGAAGGAUUUUAAGGCUGUAUAUACGGUGUGUGGUCCAGCGCUGAGUUCAGAGAAGAUGGUGUGCUCGACCCCCCCAUUAACGAUCAUGGAAGAUCCGGAGCCGGGGGAUCUCACAUUUACUAUGGACUGGACUCAGGGACUGCAAAAGUUUCCUUUCUUUUACUCCCCCGACGCAGAGGUCAUCCCCUUCGAACAGGAGGACAACGUGCUGCGUUUGCAACCCGGCCAGGAUGAAGUGGAUUUACACCACAAGAAGCUGAAUUUAGUAACUGACUGCAUGAAAGUUAACAUGACUAUUGGAGGAGUGGAUUGCAAUGCUAAAGUGCUGGAAAAUGAAGUUACCUGCAGAAUUCCUAAAAACCUGACUGUCCCCAGUGACGGGUUACCAGUGAAGAUCUGCAUCAAUGGCGAGAACGGCCUAUGUGUUGACCUGGGUCGUGUGGUCAUUGUCAGCCAGGGCCAACCUGUGAUAGGCAUCGUGCUGGGGGCAUUCAUGGCAAUGCUGGUGGUGGCUGCGUUCGCCUUCCUGGUGAUACACUUUAGGAAAAAAAAGAGAGCUGAAAAAGCAAAGAAACACUUGUCUCGCGUCAGCAUUUCAAAUAUAAACAGAACGGUGGAUCCUACAAAUCUGUCACCAGUUGGCGAUUAUAGGCGAGACGCACCAUCAACUCCCAACACUGGCUCGUCUGGGAUAAUGUUACGGAGCCCACUGUACACUGGCAGCUAUGACGGGUCACUCGUCCCCCUCCUGGCUCCUGACAAGAUCUCCAUCACCAGCUUCCGACCAGAGCUGCUGGAGGAGGUGAAGGAUGUGCUGAUUCCAGCUGAGAAGCUAAAGGUGCAUCAAGACCGGGUCAUUGGCAAAGGUCACUUUGGGAUAGUUUACCAUGGCUAUUAUAUGGACCCCACUUACAGAGAAAUCCAUUGUGCUGUCAAGUCACUGAACAGGAUCACAGAUGUGGAGGAGGUGGAACAGUUCCUAAAGGAGGGGAUCUUGAUGAAGGGCUUCCACCACAGCAAUGUGCUGUCCCUGCUGGGGAUCAUGCUGCCCAAUGAGGGGCUCCCCCUGGUGGUGCUGCCCUACAUGAAGCACGGAGACCUGCGCCACUUCAUUCGCUGUGAGCAGAGGAACCCCACAGUGAAGGACCUGAUUGGCUUUGGGCUUCAGGUUGCCCAGGGAAUGUUGUAUCUGGUACAGAAGAAGUUUGUGCACAGGGACCUGGCUGCAAGAAACUGCAUGCUGGACGAGUCCUAUUCUGUGAAGGUAGCUGAUUUUGGCAUGGCAAGGGACGUGUUCGAUAAGGAGUAUUACAGCAUCCAGGAUCACAGGAAAGCCAAACUGCCAGUGAAAUGGAUGGCGAUUGAGAGUCUGCAGACACAAAAAUUCACCUCCAAGUCAGAUGUGUGGUCGUUCGGGGUGCUGAUGUGGGAGCUGCUGACCCGGGGAGCCAGUCCCUACCCUGAGGUGGACCCCUAUGACAUCACCCACUAUCUUCUGGAGGGCAGGAGGUUGCCUCAGCCACAGUACUGCCCCGACCCACUGUUCACCAUCAUGCUGCAGUGCUGGAACCCAGAGCCAGAGCAGCGCCCCUCCUUCUCAGAGCUGGUCUACAAGGUCAAGGAGAUCCUGUCAGGCUUAGCAGGCGAGCACUACAUCAGCCUCAAAGUGACCUAUGUCAACCUGGACCAGCCCAGGCCCUACCCUGCUGAGGCCGAGUCUGCGGAUGAGAUGGAUUCCACUUACUGAGAACCAGUCCAGUCCCUCCCUGCCCUGGCAAGCCAGGCUCUGAUGCUGUGAGAUUCAAAAACCAGCAACUGGAAUACAGACUUUCAUUAACUGUCAACAUGAUCCAAAUAUAAAAAGGAGACAAAACCAGGAAAUUAAUUUCUGACUUUUGAUGGUAGCAGGAUCUGGAUCCAAAUCUAAAAAAGAUCUGAAACCAGGAACUGGAUUAUACACUGCACUGAUGUUACCGUCAAUAUGUGGGAUAAAGUAGGAUAGUAAGAAUGUGCUCCAAAUGGGAACUGGGAAAAAGAGUGUAUCUGUGGAACUGGAUCCCAUUCAAUGUGACAGUGGCAUCUUAAGAGACCAAAAUCCUUUGUUGGGACUGUGGAGUGUCCAUGAAAUGAAUAGUGUUUUAAAGCUAUGCACAAACCUGACCAUCCUGAUUGUGUAGUGGGAAGGCAUUUUUAUGUUGUUUUCUCAGUGGAGCAAGGGUGUGAGGUGAGGUUGUGGGAAAACCUCAUCUAGCUGUAUACUGUAUGUAUAAAAAAAAGACAAUGCUCGGAGACCUAAAACUGGUACAUGCUCUGGGCCGGAAUCAAAGCCAUGCAAUGUAAAUAAGUAAAAAUUAAUGUCCUCAGAGAUACGGUAUACUGUAUAUUGACUGUAAAUUUUAAAUCAAACAUUUUAUGAAAGUGUCAUUUUUUAUUUAAAAAAAUGUAUAAUUUUAAGUUGUGAUAUGAUUUUUAUUUUUUUUUAGAUAAAUUUAAACCACUGGAAUUU